CGUACGGCGCCGGUGCUUGCGGGUCAACCGGCGGCGCGGAAACUCCAGUACCAAGUUGGCAGCAGAGCUCGGUGGUCGUCGACAUGGCUCUGGUUAAGUACGCCGUUCUGGGCGUGAGUCUGAUUCUCGGAGUGUCUUACCUGUUCAACCGGGGCGGUAACCAGAAGGCCCCGCAGCUCGGCGACGCCUGGUGGGGCCCCGGGAGCGAGAAACCCGUUGACGAAGCCGUCAGACCCUUCAAGAUCAAAUUCUCGAACGAGGACAUAAACGACCUGAAAGCACGCCUAAAGAACACGCGGAACUUGAAGCCGGCUCUGGAAGGUACGGGAUGGACUUACGGCGUGAACGGUGGCUUUGUGCCAACCAUUAUUGACCACUGGAUGAACAAGUACAACUUUACUGAGCGACAAGAAUACCUGAACAAGUAUCCACAGUUCGUAACAAACAUUCAAGGUCUGGACAUUCACUUUCUGCACGUAAAACCGAAUAAUGCAGGUGGCAAGAAAGUUCUGCCUCUGCUCAUUCAGCACGGAUGGCCCGGUUCUGUGAUUGAAAUGUACAAAAUCAUACCAAUGCUGACGACCCCUCGCGAUGAGUUCGACUUCGUGUUUGAAGUAAUCGUCCCGUCACUCCCUGGCUAUGGCUUCUCAUCUGGAACAACGAAACCCGGUUUGGGCUCGGCGCAAAUGGCCGUUAUUUUGAAGAAUCUGAUGCUCAGACUUGGUUUCAAAAAAUUCUACACUCAGGGCGGAGAUUGGGGAGCUAUUAUCACUGCCAACCUUGCCUCCAUGUUCCCACAACACGUCCUCGGCAUGCAUUCAAACAUGUGCAUUGUCAUGCAGCCUCAGACCUUCUUGACCACGUAUAUAUACAGUUUCUGGCCAUCCAUGCUCAUUCCUGAGGAGGACUAUCACCUCAUGUACCCGUUGAGCGAAAAAUGGUCCCGGACACUCGAAGAGUCUGGAUAUCUUCACAUCCAGGCUACCAAACCCGACACUUUGGGGGUCGCCCUGACUGAUUCGCCGGCUGGACUGGCCGCUUACAUACUGGAGAAGUUCUCAACCGGUACAAACCCUGAAUUAAGAUUCAAGGAUAACGGCGGAUUACUCGACAAGUACUCGGCUGAUGAACUCCUGGACAACGUGAUGCUCUACUGGAUCCCAAAUUCGAUGACGACCGCGAUGCGGUUAUACGCGGAACACUUCAGUGCAGCGCACAUGGCACUGGGAAUGGAAUACGUACCGAUCGACGUGCCGAGUGCAUGUGCGCAGUUUCCUCACGAAAUAUCGUAUCAACCGCCGUCGUUGCUGAGCGCGCGUUUCAAGAAGCUGAUACGUGCGAGGAAAAUGCCACGCGGUGGACACUUUGCAGCUUUUGAGGAACCGCAGCUCCUCGCGGACGAGAUUUGGACAUCGAUCGGGAUCAUGGAAGCCGGUAGAAAGCAAAGCCAGGCUAGCAAGGCGAGCAAGGCGAGCAAGAAGUCGGCAUAAUUUUUUCAUGUGAUCGAUAAGAAGUUCCAUGGUGAUUUUUUACUGAAUAAAUUUUCUUGGAAGUGUU